AGGUGGCGAGAUGGCGGUGGACUUUAUCUUGACACCUCCUCCACAAACCGCGGGCGCAUCUUUCUCUUAAACCCCGCCGGCUGGCGGACUAGCUGGCUGUUGUAGUCCUUGUCCUUGAGUGGCGAGAGUGAGAACGAUGGCGUACGCAGCCUCCGGCAUGGCGGCCUCCACACUUGGACUAAGCAACCUCGCUUCUCGUGCUUCGAUCUCUCCAUCCUGCGUUGGUGAUUCGAUGACAUUUCGGCCCGUGGGCUGCUUUCCGAGGGCAAGACGGAUGGCUGGAAAAGUCUAUGCGGUUGCAACCACUGUUGUUACUGAAGAAACAAAAGUGUGUGUUCUUCCAAGCUGGGCUGAAUUUGACAUAGGAAAGGCUGCUGUAUACUGGAAAACCGUGAAUGGGCUCCCUCCCUCUGCUGGAGGAAAACUAACUCUGUUUUACAAUCCUGAAGCAAGUAGACUGGCUCCUAAUCCUGAGUUUGGGGUUGCAUUUAACGGGGGCUUCAAUCAACCUUUUAUGUGUGGCGGUGAGCCAAGGUCAAUGACAAGGAAAGGUCGAGGAAAAGCUGAUCCACCUUUAUACACCAUCAAGAUAUGUAUCCCCAAACAUGCUGUUAGCUUGAUAUUCUCAUUCACAAAUGGGGUUGACUGGGAUGGACCAUAUAAACUGCAAUUUGAAGUUCCCAAAGGAUGGCGUAAUAAGCCCAUCAGCUUUUUUAAUGAGGGCCUGGCAGCAGAGUUGAGCGAAGAAGGUGCAUGUGAGAGAGCAAUAUUUCCCGAUUCAAACAUUGUUGCAACUAGAUGUGCCAUGAUUGGUAACCUGUCAAUUGAAGGGGGUGACCGCUGCAAUCUGGAUAUUGUAGUAGGCUGCACAGAUCCAAGCUCUCACCUGUACAAUCCAUUGGCCGAUGUCGAUGAUGGAUCUUGCCCACUCGAGCCAGAUGAGUCGCCUGUGUGACUUUCAAGUCACCGCACAUAAAAAUUAGCUCUUAAGCUUUUCCAUGUAAAGCUAUAGUGCUUGCCUGUUUAUCAAUCCCACCUUCAAAAGCGGAAACUGAAUUAAAGUCACCUGUAUAUCCAUGAAUUGAUUUUGCAAUAUCAUUUUAUGAGUCAAUAUUAGUUGGAGAAAUUGACAA